UUAAAUUUCAAUUGAAAAGUUUAAGUAUCAAUUGUAAAAAGAUAAGAAAUAUUGAAAGUCUUAGUUUCUUUAAAAAGUAUAAGAUCAAAGAUUUUCGUAUAAGUGAUCUUAAACAUAUUAAUUCAUUGGAUGACAUAUUGAAAUUUAUCAAUUUAGGUUCGCUAAGAAAGCUUUCGAUGUUUGCAAUAAAGCCUACUUUCGACCUAAAGAGAAAUACUUGUAAAUUGUUUAGAUCUUUAACUAAAUUAGAAAUUAUGUAUAGUCCUAUAAAGAGUGAUAAAUUUCAAAUUAUAUGCGAAGAGUUAAAAAAUUUAGAAGAGUUAUCCAUUAUGAAUUUAGAAGAUAUUUCUCAAGAUAAUCUUUAUAGAAGAAGUAGAAGAUAUGAAAAAUAUUACGACAAAAGAAAUGGAUCAUUCUAUAGAAGAGAUCUUGAGAUAUAUACAUUUAAAGAUUUAUUAAAAUUACGUCGUUUAAAGAGAUUACAUCUUACACUUGAAAAAUUAGAAUUAGAUCAUAUACUACACUGUGAAAAUUACGUAUUUGAUAAAAGGCAUAAAUUAGAAGAAAUACAAAUAACAGUAAUACAUACUAAUAGAUUAUGGUUGAAUAGAAUGAAGAAAAGAACAUUGGAAGAUUCAAGUUCAAAAUUCAAAUUUGCCUAUUUUAGUUCAAGCGAUAGAUGUUUUAUAUAUGACAGAGAAAAUGAUUUAACUAUUAAUAGUAAGAAUUUCGAAAAUUAUACCGAGUCAAGAAAUAUAACAAAUCCUGAAUAUUUGUUGGCGCUUGUAGGUCGUUUAAAAGGUCAUGAAAGUUCAUUUUUUUUUCUUAAACUUCGUGGUAUGAUUACCGAUGCAUUGAAUAAUAACAAUACCGAUAAGGAUUUAGAUAUUAUUUGGCAGGUACAUUUCGAAGUGAUGAAACAUCGAAAGAACGAUAAUAAUAGCGUUGGUCUCUUUCACGAUGAUAUCUAUUUAGAGUUUUUAAAUCGAAUGUUGGAAUGUUCACAAAGCGAAUAUCGUUUAAGACAAUUAAUUAUUGUCCUAAUGGAAUGGUUCCACGAACAACGUUUUGCAACAGAUUCAUUCGAAGUAUUCUUUAGUGGAAUUACAAUUCUCGAUAAAAAAUGGAGUUUAGUUGAACAGAUUUUUCCAAAAUGGGAAAUAUUUAAAUUAAUUGUAAGACUUUUCUACGAUAUUUACGAAGAAGCCUGUUACUGCGAUGUGGAAAUGGCAAGACGAUCUCUAAGCGAAAAUCAUAUUCGAACUAUUGUAAGUUGUGUUGAAGAUAACUUCAAAAUUUGUCACGAUCUCUUCGAUUAUAUUUCAUCAAUUAACGUCUUUCGGAAGGUCCAAUUGCAUGUAGUUGUAAGAGAAUUUCAAGAACUUUUCGCAAGGAAUCGAAAAGAUUAUAUUCACAAUGAUUUGGUUGCUAGUUUACGUACAUUUUUGAAUUAUUAUAUAUCCUGUAUAAGAGAGGUUACAGGAAAGCCUAUUGAUAAUAUAACAGCCGAGAAAUUUAGUAAUAAAGACGCUAUUUCAUCGUUGAUGUUAUAUAAUGAAGAAAUAUUGAAGGAUUUAAACUAUUAAAUGAAAAAUGAGAUAUUUUUGUGUUUUUGUUUAUUUAAUGACGAUUAUUUC